UGUUUGAUAUGCAUUCGUCUACUGUAAAUAACACAAUCUAUAACAACUGUUGCACACAGAGACAUCUUAGAUUCAAAUGGAAAAUCCUCCAACCAUUCUACUUGUUUUGGCUCUACUUUGUGUUUCAGUGGUUGCAGCAACAAGAACUAAGCUGCAGUCAAUCAACAAUCUGGAUGUUGUUGGUAUUUGCAAAUCAAUGGUGGAGACACAAGGCUAUACUUGCCAAGAACAUCAAGUAACAACAGCAGAUGGUUACAUCCUUGGCUUGCAGAGAAUUCCAAAGGGACGGUCUGGUAAUGAGAUACCAGACAGGCAGCCUGUUCUGUUACAACAUGGGCUCUUACUCGUUUGCACCUAGGCGCCAUGUAUUUGAGCAUGCAUCAUAUACAUGUGCAAGACAUGAAUGAACUAAAAAACAAUUGUGUGUGGCAACA